GGGGGUAAUGAUGCUACCCAACCUAAGGGGAGAGAGAGGGGGCACAGAGAGAGAGAGAGAGAGAGAGAGAGAGAGAGAGAGAGGGAGAGAGAGCGCUCAGUUUGAGCUAGUGUCGAGCUCUUUUGAUCAUUCAUUCAUUAACAAAGUUGGAUUUCCGGUGAGGGCCGAAGUUGGGUUUAUCUUACUUCAGAGCUUUGUUGGAGUGGAGGUGGUUUCAUUGGGGAAAGCUGUGAGCUUGAUACUUCUUUUAGCUAUAUGCAGAGCUGCAGGAGGUACACACACACAGAGACACACAGCAAGGAGAAACCAUCAAUCAAUUAGGAUAAAAGGUCAAAACUUUUCUUACCCCAUUAAUGAUUCCCUCCUCACAAGUUGCCCAAAUCGAUAGCUGGCUCCUGGUACAGCUCCUUUGCUUGGCAUGAUUGCCACCCUCCCUUUCAUGCCCUUCAAGGAAGAUAUAGGAGGAGGUGCGGGCUCUUGAUGGGGCUUUUGUGCUUCUCAGAGCAUGGGAGUGAGGAGUUCGAGAGAGAUCCGGGAAAUAUUCAUCAGUGGAGGAGAUCAGAAGGGGUGGUCCACUCUCUGUUCUUGGUCGUGAAAAGUAGAACCAGGGUUCCUUCCUGUGAGCAAAUCCUCAUUGUUGGGUUCCUCGGAAAUUAGAGAGUUUUUUGUUGGAGUUUUGUGAUUUGGGUUUGCUCAAGCUUUCCUCUGCUUCUUGGGUCGUGAGUUUAAUGAGCUUUUCCCCUCUGUGUGGUCUUCUCCUGAGGCUUUUCUUGAGGAUUCGUAGGUGGGCUAUGGUGACAAUGCCUCCAAACUGCAAGCUUCCUGGGUCGAAUGGGAAGUUGCCUCCUAGUUUGAAGUUCUGUAAGAAAGCUAAGGAGCCUUUGAAUGUUCGUAGCUGUCUGAGGAGGUGGAGGAGGAAGCUCUUCUAUCUCUGGCUUGUUCUCAUUGUUGCGAUUGGUAUAGUCUGGUUCUUGGUGGGAUUCAGAGGAAGAACAUUGUUUGGGGAGAUUAAGUCCUCUGAUAUUUGUGAGGAUGUUCUUAUGGAGCAUCUCAAUGUCAGUAAGAACCAAGUUCGUGGUUUGCCUUCUCCGCUCGGUGAAUGGAAUCAGGUUCACCACUCCGAGAAAGACGGUUUUCUAAUAGACCAGUGCCCUGUUCCAAGUGAAGGUUUUCUUAACAAGCAUGGCCUGUUGAAGCUAGAGGAUAGAUUGCGACCACUUGUUUCGCAAUAUAAAACUUUGAAUACUAUAAAGGGCGUUCUUGGAGCAAGAAGAGAGGAAAAUUAUGGAGAUCUUGGGCCAACGUCCUCCUUUUUGGCGAAAAGAUGCUGGUGGGCCAUUAUUAUGGUGAUACUAAGCUGCAAAAUUCCCAGUCUCUGUCUGAAAAUGCGGACUAAGCGAAAGCAGGAGAAGGCUGUUCAGUUGGAGUCAACAACUCAGCCUCCGAAACAGCUUCUGCUGCAACAGAGACAACAACAGCAAUCUCCUGAUCCUCCAAAAAGAGCUGGGAAAUGGAGGAAGAAGCUUCUGAUUUUGUUUAUCUUAUCGGGGAUAGUGACAUCGAUCUGGUUAUUUUGGGACAUGAAUGAGAAGAUUAGCUCUAGGAGGGAAGAAACACUGGCUAAUAUGUGCGAUGAACGUGCUCGGAUGUUGCAGGACCAGUUUAAUGUCAGCAUGAACCACGUUCAUGCCUUGGCUAUUCUAAUCUCCACCUUUCACCAUGAGAAAAGGCCAUCUGCUAUAGAUCAGAAAACUUUCAGCGAGUACACUGAGAGAACAGCUUUUGAGAGACCGCUUACAAGUGGUGUUGCUUAUGCUCUGAAAGUUAUUCAUUCAGAGAGAGAGCAAUUCGAGAGGGAGCAUGGCUGGACUAUAAAGAAACUUGGGUGGGCUACUAAGGAAAUGGAGUCGGAGGAUCAGACACUUGUACAUGAUUCUAAUCCUGGGAAUUUGGAUCCUGUCCCCGAACAAGAUGAAUAUGCACCAGUGAUAUUCUCCCAAGAAACUGUCUCACACAUAAUAUCUAUGGACAUGAUGUCUGGAAAGGAGGACCAUGAAAAUAUAUUGCGAGCUCGGUCGUCGGGAAAGGGAGUGCUAACAUCACCCUUUAAGCUAUUGAAAUCAAAUCAUCUUGGUGUUAUUCUGACAUUUGCUGUCUAUGAUAGAGACCUCCCUCCCGAUGCUACGCCUGAACAACGAGCAGAAGCUACUGUCGGGUAUCUUGGCGCUUCGUAUGAUGUUCCAUCUCUGGUUGAGAAGCUUCUGCAGCAACUGGCCAGUAAACAGACAAUAGUCGUAAAUGUGUAUGAUACAACUAACAAGUCUGCUCACAUUAAAAUGUAUGGGGAUGAUGAAAUAGUUGAUACUGGCCUAGUGCGUGUUAGUCAUGUGGAUUUUGGGGAUCCAGUUAGGAAGCAUGAGAUGCAUUGCAGGUUCAAGCAAAAGCCUCCUUUGCCAUGGACUGCUAUAAAUGCAUCGGUUGGAGUCCUUGUCAUUACUCUGCUCGUUGGCCAUAUCUUUCAAGCAGCCAUAAAUCGAAUUGCAAAGGUAGAACAGGAUUAUCGGGAGAUGAUGGAGCUCAAGAGUCUUGCUGAGGCUGCUGAUGUGGCAAAAUCUCAGUUUCUUGCUACCGUGUCCCAUGAGAUCAGGACUCCCAUGAAUGGUGUCUUAGGAAUGCUUCAAAUGCUGAUGAACACAGAUCUAGAUGCUACCCAAAUGGACUAUGCCCAAACUGCCCAUGCCAGUGGGAAAGAUCUGAUAUCCUUGAUCAACGAGGUCCUUGAUCAAGCCAAGAUAGAGUCCGGUCGGCUCGAACUAGAACACGUGCCUUUCGAUCUUCGCUCAGUUCUUGAUAAUGUGCUAUCACUCUUUUCAGGAAGAUCUAAUGAGAAGCAGAUUGAGUUGGCAGUUUAUGUUUCUGAUAAAGUGCCUGAAGUUGUUAUUGGUGACCCUGGUCGUUUCAAGCAGAUAAUAACCAAUCUUGUUGGGAACUCGAUAAAGUUCACACGCCGCGGCCAUAUAUUUGUCUCGGUUCAUCUGGCAGAAGAAGUUCAGAUUCAGCCCAGUGUUAGAGACAAAGUACUCAUGCACAGUGUCAACCCAGUCAAAGACGUCUCCCAAAGAAGUUACGACACACUUAGCGGGUUUCCUGUGGUCGAUAGGUGGAAAAGCUGGGAGAAAUUCGAAAAAUUUAGCGGCUCCGAGAAUAAUUAUAGAACAGAGGAAAACAGAUCAGUUGACGUACUUGUCUUAGUUGAGGAUACAGGAAUUGGUAUUCCCUUUGAUGCACAGGACCGGAUAUUCAUGCCAUUCAUGCAGGCGGAUAGCUCCACUUCCAGAACGUAUGGUGGGACUGGAAUUGGCCUGAGCAUCAGCAAGUGCUUGGUGAAUCUAAUGCAUGGGAAGAUCGAUUUCGUGAGUGAACCAGACCGCGGCAGUACAUUCUUGUUCAUGGUUCCUUUCAUGAAGUGUGGGGAAAAUUGCCUCGAUGUGAAGUUGCAAGACUCCAAUCCACUUGUUUUGGAGUUCCAAGGACUGAGAGCUCUAGUGGUAGAUAAGAGAAGCAUCCGGGCUGAGGUGACAAGAUAUCAUCUCUGCAGGUUGGGAAUCUAUGUGGACGAAGCUCAGAGUCUUAAAUCAGCCUGCAUCUAUCUCUCUCAAUCUCCGAAGAAAAGUGAGCUAUCAGGAUAUGCCAUGGUCCUCAUCCACAAAGAUGUUUGGGAUGCUGAAAGUGCUGCAGAAUUCUAUCGUUUAUUGAGACAACCUCAGCAGAAGAGCAGCAAGGAAGCCUUAGUUGAUCCCCCAAAAAUUUUUCUUCUCACUACCUCUAUCGAUCCCAGUGAACGAAUCAAGCUCAAACUGGAUGGUCUCAUUGAUAAUGUGCUGAUGAUGCCUCUCCGACUGAGUGUGUUGGUCGCAUUCUUCCAGGAAGCCCUCGGAAACGGCAAGAAGAAAGUAGGAUCCCAGAAAAAACCAUCAAACCUCGGAACCUUGCUAAAAGAGAAGAGAAUCUUGGUGGUGGACGAUAAUGUUGUCAAUCGGCGAGUAGCUGAAGGAGCUUUGAAGAAAUAUAGUGCAAUCGUUACUUGUGUCGAUAGUGGGCAGGCGGCCCUGGAAAUGCUCCAACCGCCUCAUAACUUCGAUGCUUGCUUCAUGGAUCUCCAGAUGCCGGGAAUGGAUGGGUUUGAGGCAACACGAAGAAUCCGCACUAUUGAGAGGGAGGUCAAUGGAAAGAUUUUGUUGGGGGAGGCAUCAGUUGAGAUGUUUGGGAAGAGUGGUGGCUGGAGGACUCCGAUAAUAGCAAUGACGGCUGAUGUUAUACAAGCAAGCAAUGAACAGUGCAUCAAGUGCGGCAUGGAUGAUUAUGUUUCCAAGCCGUUUGAAGAAGAGCAGCUUUAUUCAGCAGUUGCACGGUUUUUCCAGUCAGGCUAAAAGAAUCGGGAUAGAUACCCCAGUUUGUUCCCAGUGGCUCAACUCCAGUUGGCCUGUGGGGCUCAAGGGCCAUCGAGAAGUAGAGCAGAGCCCUACAGCCCGAAAACAGUCAUUCGACCAGUCCUAGUGAGGAACAUACAAGGCUUUACAAAAACAGGUAAACCAAAGCCUCUCAUUUCAUUCCUAUUAGAAUUAAUGCAUCUUCUAUUGGUCCACUCGGAGCAAAUGUUGAGCCCAUGGGUCUAGGUGGGUCUAGCCUCUAGUUAAUCAAAGAAGCCCAAAUGGGGUGGCCAAACAGAGAUUAAACAACACCCAGACGAUUGGAGAACGACUCUCGAAUGAGAUGUCUCGCCAACCUCAGUCCAUCACGAUACUUCAUUUCUUUUAAGAGAAAAGUAUAAGGAAUGGUUCUGAGAGGAGAGAUCUCUAAUAAGCUUCCAUGAUUGUCAGGCUUCCCGCAAUAGCUCAUCGAUGGUCAUUUGUGGUCGGGAAAGCUGAGCCUACUCUGGAUAUGGCAGAGGUGUUUGGCCCUUUCCCGUAUGUGUGCUCUUCCUUAUUUCAACGAACUGUCUGGAGUGUUGUUAUAUUGCCAUCUCAGACACUCGUUAGCGAAUGAUUGGGAGCGGUCUUUGUGAAUGUAGGCAAGGUAGAUGCUUCUACAUGAAGCUUCUUGGGGGAAUCCACCACUCCGCAUUGAGCCCAAGAUCGAGCGGUUUCAGCUUUUAGUAUUUGGCGUUUGAUAAUGAGGUGUUUUCUUCCCCUGUAUUGGGAUCCCAUUGCGUGCAACGACCCCGGGUGUAACAAAUAUGUACAUAGGAGAGUUGACAGUCGGAAUUUAUGUUGAUCAAGGGGAAUAUAAAUGUGAUGUUCUUUUUCUAGGAUAUUAAUGUAACUUGACUCUUAAAAUUUUUUAAUGUAUAUGUAAAGAUCACCGAGCCGACUCGAUCAUUCCAUUGUGAA